AACGCGCGCAAGAGAAAAGGAGCGAGCGAGAAAGGGAGAGAGAGCGCGUGCGAGAAAGAGAGAGAGAGAGAGGAAAAGAGAGAGAGAGACUUGCUCUUCCAGGAAGGGGCUAUUAACCAGCACGCUGCCGACGUAUGAAGGGAAAACACACGCAGACAAAAGAAGUUUUCACCCCGACAGCCGCGCUAUGGAGCCGGCCAGCAGAUAAAAGAAAAAGAAAGAAAAGAAAAAGAAGGCUAUGUGACUAAAAACUAAACUAAAACCCGAACAACUUCUCCCACAACAACACGCCGAGCAGUCGGGAGACGGAGCUAAAAGAGGGCACAACGGAAAAGUGGAAGGAGACGGAGAGAAGUUGACGGGAGAUAAUGUCUGAAUCCUCCUGCGCUGCGAACAAGGAGAGGAGCUCUUUCAGUCCUUCCGCGAACCCGCUGCCAAACUCCACUUCCUCCCCCGUCCAUGCUCCCGCCGCGAGGCCAGCCAGCCGAAUGGAGGACGAGCCUGCCAGGCUGCCUGCGCACCUGCGUUUGCAGCCGGUCUUCUGGAGCAGGGAGGACGUGGCCCAGUGGCUGCGAUGGGCUGAGAAGGAGUUCGCCCUUCGUCCGAUCACCAGUGGCUCCUUCCAAAUGAACGGCAAAGCCCUGCUGCUGCUGACCAAGGAGGACUUCCGCUACCGAUCACCCCACUCUGGGGACGUCCUGUACGAGCUGCUGCAGCACAUCCUGAAGCAGAGGAAGCCCCACGUCUUUUACCCGUCGGCCUACUUCCCCGGGAACUCCUUCCACUCGCUGCCUGAAAGCGCUGCGCAGCACCUGAAGCUUGAAGAAACGGUACGGCGGGCACCGCGAGGUUCAGAGCCGCUCCCCCAGCAUCCACCCACCAUCGAGCUGCGGCACCGCUCCCGCUCCCCCCACAACCCGACCGUCAGACGCUCCCCUCCGGAGCCCAACCUCCCCCGCGCCGCCAACGAGGACCACCUCCAGACCUUUUCCCAGCUGCCCGACAGCAACCACCACCUGUCCGAGGAGAUGUACCCGCUGUCGGUGUCCCCGGCCGCGGCCAACGGCCGCUGUGCGACACCCCGAGACGCCCCCUGCCCGGGCAGCCCCGGGGGCCAGGAGGCAGGCCCUCCUCGCGUCAUCCAGCUCAUGCCCAGCGCCAUCAUGAACCCCCUGCUCCUCAGCCCGAGCAGGAGCGGCGGGGGCACCAUGGACUUCAGGCACAGUCGCGGCGGACCCCAGUCUCAGGCGACGCUGGAGAACGGGCGCGAGGGGAAAGUCCACAGCCACCACCAUCAGAUGACACUGUCCCAGCAGCAGCAGCAGCAUCUACUGCUGCAGCAGCAGGAGGAGGCACUCUACAGGAACCACGUCAUCAUGCCCGUGUCUCCUCCAGAAGAGCCACAGAUACCCAUCGGACGGAUAGCAGACUGCAGGCUGCUGUGGGACUACGUCUACCAGCUCCUGUCAGACAGCAGGUACGAGAACUACAUCCGCUGGGAGGAUACAGAGAGCAAAGUCUUCCGCAUCAUGGACCCUAACGGCCUGGCCAGGCUCUGGGGAAAUCACAAGAACCGGACCAACAUGACGUACGAGAAGAUGUCGCGAGCACUGAGACACUACUACAAACUGAACAUUAUCAGGAAGGAGCCCGGACAAAGACUUCUAUUCAGGUUCAUGAAGACUCCCGACGAGAUAAUGAACGGACAGACGGACCGGCUGGAGCACCUGGAAUCCGACACAGACGAACAAAUCUACAUCAAAGAGGAGUGCUGAGGAACUCUGGGAAAAGGAGUCUGUGAACUACUUCCUACUACUACAGCCGCUGGAUGCCUUUCAGAAGCAGCCGGAACAAUCGUCGCUGAAUCUAGAGCGCGUGGACGUUCGCUCGCGUCUGUUCCUCGCAGACGGACAUGAAACCUCUCUCUCUCUCUCUCUCUCUCUCUCUCUCUCCUUAGGAUGAUGUUUUCCUAAAGUAAAAAAAAAAAAUUUAAAAACAGCAUCAGUUGUUGUGCUUUUGGACGGAGCUGAAAAGACUUUCUAAGUGUUCCCUUUUGUUUCUGAAUGAACUGCAAAAGCCAAUCACUUUGUGCUUAUGUCACUUUGAUGAUUUUAUGUUGUCUCCUCACAUGCAUUAUACUGGAGAUUUG